AGUGCAAAAUGUUCACUUAUUGAAAGUACAAUAUGACUAUGAGCUGAUCUGUAGGGCAUGGCCUUCAACACAAUCACCAUUCCCACGUUUAUUUUGGCCAACAAGCCUCACAAAACACUCGUUUUUUUUUGUUAAAUUUAUUAUUAAGUAUAUGGAAAAUUUAAUUAUACUAUUUAACAAUUAUUUUUGCCUUGGGUAACACGUGAAUGACACUUGGAUAUCUUAAUAUUUCCAAUUCAAUUUGAGGUUAGGUUUAAUAUCAGAAAUAUAUUAACACAAUUUUAACUGAUGAUUUUUAGUUAAUUUAUUUUUAAAACUGUUGUUAUUAAUUAUUAUUAUAAUUUAUUAUACAACAGCUGUUAAUAAACUUUAUUUACGCGUUUAUAAAUUUAUUUUUUUUAGAGAUUACAACGAGUCGCGCAAUACACAGUGAAAAAAAAAAAUAUAUAAAUAAACAUCAAAAUCAAUAUUCAAGAUUUCUUUAUUACCAACUGAGCUUAUUGCGCGCGUAAUUUGAUUAUAUAAUAACAUUAUAGAUACAUAUCUAAUAAAAAUAAUAAAUAAAUAUUGUUAUAAAUAUUUUUUUUUAAAUCAUUUGCAGAAUGAAGAAUUUCCGAGAGAUAAAUUAAUUUUGUCAUUUGAGUUUUUUCAAGGUUAAAAAAAAAAUACAUGACUUGUUAAAAUAAUAUUACUUUUUCAGGAAAUUCAUUAUUAAGAUAACACUGUAGUACUUCGUAUGAUUAUUUUUUAAUUUAUAUUUUUUUUAUUUUUUUUUUUGUUAUUAAAACAAGUAUAAUUACUAGUUUAUUUUAAAAUCCAAACAAAUUAUUUAUAUAAAAAUUUUUGUUUAUUUUUAAAGAGAUUAUAAAAUAUAUAUAAUAAUUAUUUGGUUGUUGUUUUUUUUUAUUAAGAUUAUUAUCAUUUUCCGGUUUUGUUGUUUUUGUAGGAUUUUCAUGUAACAAAAAUUAAUAAUUGUUAUUAUUUAAUCUCGGGAGAGUGGUAUAUAAAAACAAGCUGAUUUUGAAUGAGGAUUAGUAUUAUUUAUCACCAGAAGGAUAAAGUUUUUAGUAGAAAAAAAAAUUGCUAUUUAACAAUGUUGAAGUUAUUGAUGUUGGCUUGCCUUUGUUCGGCUUUGUUUGUCAAUGGUAUUAAAAUAAAAAGCCGUGGUUUUUCGGGUCUUUUAUCUGAGGAUAAAUUUACUGAAUCCAUGCAUUCAAACAAACACACCAGAGCUGCUCGUCAAGCGCCUGGAUCAGGACCAAUGCCAGAAGGAGAAAUUUCUAUGGAUCAUGGAAAUUUUCCAGGUAUUCCUAAAGAUCAAGAAGCUGAAUUCAACCAUCCAAACAUGCAAAGACGUACUCGUCAAGCACCUGGAUCAGGACCAGUACCACCAGGAGGAAUGACUGGGGGUCAAGGAAAUCUUGGUAUGCAAGGAUUAGGAAAUAUUCCCGAUCCAACAGCUUGGGUACAAAAAGGACAAGAAGUAAUGAGUCAAAUGGCUAGAGGACGUCGUCAGGCACCAUCACAACAACAGCCAAGAAAUGGCUAAAAUGCCCAAGGCUUUUCCACGACCAUCAAUGGAACCACAACUACAAAAAAUGACAAUGGACAAAUAAAUAAAAUGAACGAAUUAAUAAACCACACAGUAUUUAUGUAGAAAAAUGUAUUCACACCAGUAAAUCCCAUAUUGCACUUAGCACAAAUAUAAAAUAAAUAAUAAUCAGCAAAAUAAAU